AUGUGGCCCGCCGGAACGGACAGUGUCAAAACACCACUCCAGCCCAAAUCCAUAAACUCGCUCGAUCGGCUGUCCAGGCCCUUUAAAUGCCCCGGCUCUGCGACACCCACUCGAGCAUCAGAAAAACCAGCAAGAAAGAGGCGAAAGGUCAACUAUGCAGACGCCGAUGGCAGCACCGAGGAUGGAGCAGAGAAGCCAUACACAAACGAGGACCGACUUGCGUUGGCGACGCGCGAGGUCAACAAAUUCCCAGUGUUCAAGCCCAAGAAUAGAGAUACCGCGUUCAGAACACAUUUCCGAAUCCCCUUGAUCAAUAAAACCACGGGCGAAUACGACGCAGGCCGGCCAGCACCGACAUUGGGACUUCGGCAGGGUGCCAUCUUUGUCGCCAAACCCCUCCACGACCCGAGCGGGGAGUUUGCUAUCGUCCUCUAUGACCCGACUAUCGAUGAUGUUCCAGAGGAGCCAGAAAAGAAGGAGUCCGGGGAGUCAAACGGAGAGGAUCAGCCGAAAAUUGAAGAGCCCCUGGUACAUAGGAGUUUGGCAGAUAUACUUGGUCUAAAGAAGAAGGUAGAGGGCCGGCCUAAGGUGCCAGUUGUCAUUGACCCGAGACUGGCCAAGGUUCUUCGACCGCAUCAAGUGGAAGGUGUGAAGUUUUUGUAUCGCUGUACAACAGGCUUGAUCGAUAGGAAUGCCAAUGGAUGCAUCAUGGCAGACGGUAUGGGGUUGGGUAAAACGCUUCAAUGCAUCUCCUUGAUGUGGACAUUACUUAAACAGGGCCCCGAGGCCGGAACUACAACUAUCCAGAAAUGUGUCAUCGCAUGCCCUUCUAGUUUGGUUGGAAACUGGGCAAACGAAUUGGGUAAAUGGCUUGGCAAGGAUGCUACGACUCCCUUUGCAAUAGACGGAAAGGCGACCAAGACGGAGCUCACACAGCAAAUCAAGCAGUGGGCAAUCGCCUCGGGUCGUGGAAUCGUCAGACCUGUGCUUAUUGUGUCAUAUGAAACGCUUCGAAUGUAUGUCGAGGCGCUAAAGGACACGCCAAUUGGGCUCCUUCUGUGUGACGAAGGCCAUCGAUUGAAAAACAAGGAAAGUUUGACGUGGACGGCGUUGAACAGUUUGAACGUCAACCGCCGUGUUAUUCUGUCUGGAACACCAAUUCAGAACGACUUGUCUGAAUACUUUGCCCUCCUGCACUUUGCCAAUCCUAAUCUGCUCGGCUCCCAGGCCGAGUUCCGCAAACGUUAUGAACUGCCAAUUCUCCGUGGCCGCGAUGCAGCGGGCACCGAGGAGUCCCGAAAACUCGGCGAUGAACGUCUCGCAGAGCUAUCCGGCAUUGUGAACAAGUUCAUCAUUCGCCGGUCGAACGACAUCCUAUCGAAAUACUUACCUGUCAAGUACGAACAUGUGGUGUUCUGCAAUAUGUCUCCAUUCCAAUUGGAUCUCUAUAACCACUUUAUCCAGAGUCCAGAGAUUCGCAGCUUGCUUCGAGGAAAGGGAAGUCAGCCUUUGAAAGCUAUUGGCAUCUUGAAGAAGCUUUGUAAUCAUCCUGACCUCCUCGAUUUGCAAAAGGACCUUCCCGGAUGCGAGCAUGCGUACCCGGAGGACUUCACCCCCCGGAUGCUAGAGGCCGUGACCGAGAGGUCAAAAGCUGACACGAAUGACAAGAUUGUUCUCAUCAGCAAUUACACUCAGACUCUGGACCUCUUCGAGAAGCUGUGCCGAUCCCGUGCGUAUGGCUGUCUGCGACUGGACGGAACGAUGAACAUCAAGAAGCGUUCAAAGCUGGUCGACAAAUUCAACGACCCAGAGAGCCCCGAAUUUGUGUUCCUCCUUAGUAGUAAGGCAGGUGGAUGCGGUCUCAACUUGAUCGGUGCCAACCGCCUCGUCCUCUUCGACCCCGACUGGAACCCAGCUGCCGACCAACAAGCUCUAGCUCGAGUGUGGCGUGACGGACAGAAGAAGGACUGCUUCGUCUACCGAUUUAUCGCAACCGGUUCAAUCGAGGAAAAGAUCUUCCAGCGACAAUCCCACAAGCAAUCUCUCUCAUCAUGUGUUGUCGACGCGGCAGAAGACGUCGAGCGUCACUUCUCACUGGAAUCACUACGCGAACUCUUCCAGUUCAAACCCGAGACACGCAGCGAUACGCACGAUACAUUCAAAUGCAAACGUUGUCGACCUGACGGAAAUCAAUACAUCAAAGCGCCGGCUAUGCUCUACGGUGAUACGAGUUCAUGGAAUCACUUUGUCAACAGCGGCGAGAAGGGUCCCAUGGCACAGAUUCAAGACUUUUUGUUGAGGCAGGAGGUUGGCGAGAGGGAUGUUUCGGCUGUCUUCCAGUAUAUUAGCCAUUGA